CGCUGUACUUAGGGACGCCAAAUGGGAGGGGACUAAAGUGUACAAAACGUACGCGAGGACAGAGUGUAGACAAAGUCUUGAAUGAAACGCUGCGCCGCGGUGAGAAAAUGGCUUUACGUGUGACUAUACGGUUAAGUUGAGGUCGUCGUGGAUGUUUAGGAGCCGAGAAUGCUGAGCUGCUGGUGUUCCUUUUGAGCUGAGACAGUGUAGCUGGUACUUGCAUCUACAAUGGCCACUCCAGAGGAUGAGAUUGAGCCCCCCUCUCAGGCCUCUGCAGCCCAAAUCCUUGAUAAAAGACGCUUCUCUCAUGACCUUCGCAUUCUGGGACGAGACGAGAUUGACAAACUCUUAUCCACCACCGAUGGCCGACCUUUUAGUGUGAUACAUCAUCUUCCAGAAUUAAAGGAGGAGGGUAUACCUUAUUUGAUACCUGGCAUCCCGAUCACAUGUCGAGUGGAUAACACAGAAAGAUACACUACUCGCUCUAAGGUCCAUGUCGGCACCUUGUACACAGUGAUGCUAACCCAUGGUCAAUUCCACUGGACGGUCAAAAGGAAGUACAAGCACUUCCAGGAGUUGCAUCGAGACCUUUACAACCACCGUAUGAUGAUUCACUUUCUGCCUUUGGGAAGAUUUGCAAAGGAGAGGCAACAGCUGAGGGCCAUGUCUGAGGAAAUGCCCAGCCUACGCGGUAAUCAACGGACUAGAAGGACCUCCAGCAAAAUGAAAUACCUUGAAGAGCACCUGAAUGAUCUCCUGGAAAACACGUUCUGUAGGAAUGACCACAGCAUGCUGGAGUUUCUCUCGGUCGGUGCUCUCUCCUUCGUCACGGAUCUUGGGCCCAAAGGCUUAGAAGGGCCCAUCUUCAAGAGGUCAGGGGGUCACCGUGUUCAAGGUCUGAAUUGCAUCGGCCAUCAUCAGAUUUGCUACCGCUGGUCAAGGCGGUGGCUGGUGGUGAAAGAUUCUUUCUUGAUGUACAUGAACCGAGAAAACGGAUGCAUCAACUUUGUUUUGCUCUUCGACCCCGAGUUCAACGUGAAAGUGGGCCGUGCUUACACGGGCACUAAAUACGGAGUAUGCAUCGACAACUUCACUCGGAAUCUGAUCAUCAAAUGCAGUAGCUAUCGACAAGCACAUUGGUGGAGUCAUGAAAUCAACCGGCUAGCUGCAACCUGCCAUUUCCUGAAAGUUCAACGCUUCGAUGGAUUUGCUCCUCCACGGGACAACACACUAACGAAAUGGUAUGUAAAUGGGAGCGACUACUUUGCCGACCUUGCCGAUGCGCUCGAGCAAGCAAAAGAGGAAAUUUUUAUCACAGACUGGUGGCUUAGCCCUGAAGUGUUCCUGAAGAGACCGGCGACCGAUAAUGUCUGGCGCCUGGAUGAAGUACUCAGACGCAAAGCUGAACAAGGAGUCAAAGUGUGUGUUCUGCUUUACAAAGAGGUGGAGCUUGCACUUGGCAUCAAUAGCGAGCACAGUAAGAGGACUCUGAUGGAUAUGCAUCCAAACAUCAAGGUAAUGAGACAUCCUGACCAUGUGUCAUCUGCAGUGAUCCUUUGGGCUCACCAUGAAAAAAUGGUGGCCAUUGACCAAACUGUAGCCUUUGUCGGGGGAAUUGACCUGGCGUUUGGGAGAUGGGACAACAGCCAGUAUCUGCUCACUGACCUUGACUCAACAGACACUGCUGGAAAAGUGAAAGAGACGGAGUCGCAAGGAGGGACGAAUGAGAAUGGUUUGGCUGGUCCAAAACCAUCCGAGAAUCAAACGCAGGAGGUUGUGGACCUGACAGACAACACUAAACUGUGGUUAGGCAAAGACUACAGCAACUUUAUUAGGAAAGACUGGGUCCAGCUGGACAGACCAUUUGAAGAUAACAUCGACCGUACGAGAGUUCCUCGCAUGCCGUGGCGCGACCUGUCGGCAGCUCUUCAUGGCAGAGCAGCCAGGGACGUGGCUCGUCACUUCAUCCAGCGCUGGAACUUCACGAAGAUCUUCAAAAUCAAGUACAAGGACGAUUUUUACCCUUACCUGCUCCCCAAAUCUCAUUGUUCUGCUGACAAACUGUCUUUUACGGUGCCUGGAUCCAAGAAGGCCAAAGUGCAGGUGUUACGUUCUGCGGAUCGGUGGUCUACUGGCACUUGUGAGAACUCAAUCCUCAGUGCCUACAUCCAUACCAUUGAGAACAGCCAGCACUACAUUUACAUCGAGAACCAGUUCUUCAUCAGCUGCGCCGAUGGCAAGACGGUCCACAAUGGAAUCGGCGAUGCCAUUGUGAACCGAAUCCUCCGUGCUUACAGAGAGCAGAAGAAAUAUCGGGUGUUUGUGGUGAUCCCACUUUUGCCUGGAUUUGAGGGAGACAUCAGUACCGGAGGGGGAAAUGCGAUCCAAGCCAUUCUUCACUUCACUUACAGGACUAUAUGUCGGGGGGAACAAUCCAUCCUGUCAAGACUCAGUGAAAUGGAGGACAAGUGGACAGAGUACAUCACAGUCUGUGGCCUGAGAACAAAAGCGGAGCUCUCCCAGUCGCCUGUCACUGAGCUCAUCUAUGUUCACAGCAAGACCCUCAUCGCAGAUGACCGCUGCUACAUAAUAGGAUCAGCCAACAUCAAUGAUCGCAGCAUGCUGGGGAGCCGGGACAGUGAGUUGGCAGUGUUUGUGGAAGAUGAAGAGAGGAUCCCGUCCAUCAUGGGAGGGGAGGAGUACGAAGCAGGACCCCUUACACUUGCUCUGCGCAAAGAGUGCUUCAGUGUUCUUGUUGGAGCUGCUUCAAAUCCCAGCCUCAAUAUUGAUGAUCCAAUCAGUGAUGACUUGUUCUUCUUGGUGUGGAAUUCUGCUGCCAAAAUGAAUGCCACGAUUUACAACAAGGUUUUCGGCUGCCUACCUUGUAAUUCUGUCCACAAUAUGCAAGAGCUGAAGGAGUACACCAGCAAGGAGCGCCUGACUGACACAGACCCCGAAAAGGCCAGGGAGGAGCUCAAGGCAGUCCAAGGACUGUUGGUCCACUUCCCUUUGAAGUUCUUGUGUGAAGAGAACCUGCUGCCUCCACUGAGCACCAGAGAAGGCAUAGCCCCUGUCUGGCUGUGGACAUAGCUGCAGAACAGCCCAUUCACAUUUCGAGGUAACAGUUGAGGAAUCAGUUACGGCUAACUUUACGUACAAUAGACUCAUAGUAAAUGUCGGCAGCCAUGGCAAUUUACUGGUGAGGAAAAUCCAACUUUGUCACCUUGUUCACAUUGACCACUGAAAUGUAGAUUUGAUCACUGACACGAUGUGAGACUAUUUGAUUGACAUUGGCCAGUUGUUUUUUUUUCUUAAAGCAUCCGCUUUACUAUGUUCACAAUUCAUCUCACAUGAUUUGAGUACAAAGUGUACUGUACAUUUAUUGGAGCAUUUUUUUUUUCUUUAGAUAGUUGGGUCUUCCCUGUUUUUUUCUCUGUGUCUCACUCUCCCUCCGAGGCUUCACCUCUCACUACAUUACCAGCAAAUCUGUCAGAAAAUCUGUGGUUGUUAUGGAGAUGGAUACAAAGAAAUGGCAGGCUAUUAGCUGAGAGAAAGACUGGGUGAUACAAGUGGGAAUAAGAUGUGGCCACUUAUGCAAGUGCAAUUCGUGUUUUAAAUGUUUUCAUUCCGAUGUUUGCGGAUUUACUGUUACUUGUUUUAAUGGGGUAUCCAAGUCCAAAAAUUUCUCUUUAAUAAUAUUUUCUAUGCAGUCCCACUAGCCUAAACAUGGUAUUCUGAUUAAUAUUGCAUUUGUGGAAUAUGAAUCAAGCGGAAAAAUCCACCCGUGGGGCUGUUUUAAAAAUAGCCCAGUAAUAGGACAUUGUGAUUUUCUAGGAAUGUUUAAAAGUGAUCAUUUAAAAAUGGGACUGGACUAUUAAGAGAGAUUUAUUAAAAUUGUGCUGCAAAUGUAUUUAGCUCACCCUUCAUCACAAAAGAGUCUCAAAGAGCCUCACAAGCCCACAGUUGACAAAAAUGCUUUCUUCAUAUUCCACAAACACAAUUCUAGUCUGUUUAGACUAGUGGGGGGUGGAUAGAACAUAUUAUUGUCAUGAAAAUUUUGACUUGACUUCCCUUUACGGCACCAUAGCCACUACAUAAAUUGUUGGAUUCGUCUUUGACAUUCCAUCAUCUUCUUCACUCUGACUAAAAAAAAAAAAAGAAAUGAAUCGUGGAUGUUUGAUUUCUUGAGCCACUUGAUUCCCAUUUGGACUCUACAAUUCUGUGUCCAUCUGCCUUCCACGUUAUCUGUGUACACUACUGAGUAGUCGUUGUAGAGUUUCAAUGGUGUCGUCAUAUAACCACAAAACAGUUGCAAUAUAGUAUGUCACAUUUACCAUAACACUGCUCUAAAUAGUCUUUGUAAGUAAUGUAUUUAACCUUUUGAUUUCUGUAGUGAAACGCGGGGCAGCAGAAACGUGCUAUAAAAAUGUAAGUCUAGCCAGUUAAAGCUUGUUAUAGCCAUGUCAUUUUUAGACUGUCGUUGACCAAUCUAGAAAAGUCUUGCGGCUGAACAAAUGCAGCAAGAAAACAUUCCAGUUGCUGAUUUAGAAACACUCUAGUACUUCCAGAGGGUGCACUCAAUGAUGCUUCCUGUUUGCAGACAAAUUGUGCUUGUUGUGAUGGAUUUUAAGUCUCUAUUAUCAUUAGAUGUGUCUCAUCUUCUCCACUGUAUGAAAAUGUAUAUCCCUAUUUUUUUUAAAUAUACACUAUGUCUGUCAGUGAUCCCCAACCUUUAGUGAGCCAUGGUACAUAUUUUAAGUUUGAAAAAUUGCACGGCACACCACCAAACAAAAUUGUCAUAAAAAGAGGAUACAUCUGUCAAUUUCAUACUUUUUGCCAUCUCAUAGAAGAUCAGUUAUUUGCUCUUUCUGUCACUAUAAGUUGCUGGCAUAGAUAGACAGACAAAGAUACAUUAUUCAUUCUUAAUAAAUAAUUUUCUCACCAAUUAAGUUGGAUAAUUUCCCGCAGCACACCGUGAGAACUCUCACGGCACACUGGUUGGGAAUCACUGAAGUCGAUGAUUCACACCUUUAUACUCCACUCCAUUGUUAAUAAUGUCCACCCAAAACAUGUCUGCGUUUGAGCCUCGUGCUAGGCUACUUCUCACUGUUAUUGUCAAGCAGAUUAAGGUAGCAUAUUACCAUAAUUUCCUCAUUUAACUGUACAAUAAGUGUCUGCAAAAAGAUGGCUAUGUAUCUAUUUGCUAUACGAAAUUGAUGUGCACAAGCCUCUAACAAAACCAGCAAUAUUGGACAGACUACAAUAUGAAGUGCCUGAAUCAUUACCACCAUAAACACAAGCCAACACCCACGGGUGUCAUUCUUUGUGAAGCACCUCAGAAGUGCUGCUUUUGUUGGGUACAACGGGUUUACUUACAUCUUCCUCAUACAUGGCUGUGAUAUAUAUUGACAAGUGACCUUCUCAAAUGUUUUCUACAAUGAUUAUUUUAUUGCACUAACCAAAACUUUUCACUACCAGAUUUCACAAAUGUAUUACUAUUGUGCUUUUCUCAUCAUAUUCUUUAUGAAUGUACGUCUCUGUAUUGGUUAUUCCUGCCUAAUGAAUUGUCACUCA